GGAGUACACAGUAAAUCAGAACAUCAAAUGCAAACUAAAAAAAUCAAUUCAAAAUUGACGUUGAUUACUUACCUCGUUGGAUGAGAUUUCCGGUGAACUGAAGACUCCUGGAACAGUGCUGGCGCGGUGGCCAGACAAGUCGGCGUGGCCCCUGAGAAGUGGAGGCGCGCGACGGCUAAUCUUCACUCUCUGCGAGGCUGCUUUUUUGAGUAUAUUAAUCUCUCCUCAAUUAUUUUUUUUGGAAAAAUUAUGUGCAAUAAUCAUUUUUAUGCGGUCUUUUAAAAAUAAUUUUACCUUUUAAUGUUCACCAAGCCCCUACCUACCCUUUGGGUAACAUUCCUCUGGUAACAACAACGAAAGGAGAAGCUCCAGGACUCGUGUUCUUCUAAACCCAAUCUGCUUCGCUGAUUAACUGUCGUAGCUUGUUUGACUUGUUGUUUCAUUUGAUUACUUUCAUCUACUUAGAUUGUUGUUUUGUAAUUUCUCCUAGCUGAUUUCGAAAUAAAAAAUGUCUAGUUGUUCGUCUGGAAUUUGUCCAUCUCGAUUUUGGAAUUCGCGAAAUGGUAUCUUUACUGAGAUUGGGGCAUCAAGAUUGAGUUUUGUCCAGAUCCAAUGCAAUACUAUCAACGGGUAUUUGAUGUGUAAGAGUAACAGUUCCAGAUUUUUAGUGAAGAGCUCGUUGAGUGAAGGGAGCGAGUCACAAUCUAGUGCUAGUGUGAGUGCUUUACUGAAAGACAGUUACAGUUCAAGUGUUAGCAAAGAAAGUAAUGUUCUGAGUUCCAGUUGUAUAGCUUCAACAGAUAGUGGUGGUGGAGAUUUAGUGGAUGGGAACGGUGGAAACAGGAAAUUCACUGGUGGGGGUGGUGGGGGUGGUAACGAAAAUGGGGGAAAUGACGAUGAAGAAGACGAGUUCGGGCCAUUACUGAAGUUUGAUGAGGUAAUGAGGGAAGCUGAGGCCCGUGGAACCACUCUUCCUGCUGAUAUGUUAGAGGCUGCAAAGAGUAUUGGGAUCCGGGAAGUCCUAUUGCAUAGAUAUUUAGACUUGCAGGGAUCUGUGUGGCCUCUGGGACCUGCAAUCAGGUCGUGCUCUAUGCUCAGGAAUCGAAUGUUGGCUGAUCCAUCAUUUCUUUUCAAAGUUGGAACUGAGAUUGUUAUCGAUACUACUUGCGCAACAUUUGCCGAAGUUCAAAAGAGGGGCAAGGAUUUCUGGGCUGAAUUUGAAUUGUACGCUGCAGAUAUGACAGUUGGGGUUGUUGUCAAUGUUGCCUUAGUUGGCCUGCUAGCACCAUAUGUUCGGAUUGGAAAACCUUCUACAUCUCAAGGAUUUUUUGGUCAUCUGCAGAGGGCUUAUGGAGCUCUUCCUAGCAGCGUAUUUGAGGCGGAAAGGCCAGGCUGUAAGUUUACAAUGAAUCAGAGAAUAGCUGCUUACUUUUAUAAGGGAAUUCUGUAUGGAGUUGUGGGAUUUGGAUGUGGUAUCGUUGGCCAAGGAAUUGCAAAUCUAAUAAUGACUGCUAAACGGAGUGUAAAGACAUCAGAAGAUGACAUACCUGUCCCUCCUCUCCUAAAGAGUGCAGCACUAUGGGGUGUGUUCCUGGGAGUAUCGUCAAACACGCGGUUGCAGAUUGUGACAGGUUUGGAGAGGCUGGUGGAGUCAUCGGCAGCAGCAAAGCAAUGUCCACCUGUGGCAUUGGCAUUCACUGUUGGGGUGCGGUUCGCCAACAAUGUCUACGCCGGCAUGCAGUUUGUCGAUUGGGCCAGGUGGAGUGGUGUUCAGUAACUCCACUUAUCCGAGCCUCACUUUGUUGAGUGAGACGCCGGGACAAAUAAUUCUUUUAUCGGAUUUCCCACUUGAAGAAAAAGAUUACCAUAUUAUCUCCAAUGUUUUGCGUUAUUAGAAUGCAUUAGUCUCCUCGUCUGCUUAAAGACUUUUACACGGCACAUUUUGAAUAAGAGGAUAGCGGUUUA